UUGUAUUUAGAAAGAUACUUAAUUGUCUUUUUCUUAUUUUCAGAUAGAGAAUGCCACCGAAAGCCAACGUAAAUGCAAACAGAUGUGAUAUGCGUGGUAGCGCACUGCUAAAAACGUUUGGAGCUGACGACGUCAUAAUGCUUUCAUUCACUGACAGGGUUAACUCCUUCAAGGGCUGGCCUUUUUCAGAUGAGGAUGAAUGUACCCCUCCCAAGAUGGCAGCUGCUGGAUUCUAUGCUUGCGGUGGAAUUAAGGAACCUGACUUAGCCAGGUGUGUAGUGUGUCGGAAGGAGUUGGAUGGUUGGGAACCCUUUGAUGAUCCCUGGUCAGCCUUUUUCAUUUAGUUCAAUAAAUCCAAUAUUUUCUUAUUAA